AGUAUACCUACCAUAAAUGAUCUCGGCCGGAAGUGACGUUUACACCUAAUUGUUCACACAGCCACAUUAUUACGGCACGUGGCGACCAUAGGGCCUAGUAGUACUGCGCUUGUUCAACUUCAAGCUCAAGGUCUCCAUCGAAGACGACAACCGACCACGCAAGCGACCUUCUCACAACAUUUUUAUUGUCAAACAGAUUCGGGCCAAAGAAGCGGAGCACUAUAAAUCGCCAUGUUAUUCUACCUUUCGCUCCUCGCAGUCCUGGCAUCACUGGUGAUGGUCGGCUACCGCUACCGUGCAACUCUCCCUACGAAAGUUAAGGCUUUCUUCCCAAGCCUUAACCACUACACGCCGCUUGCCUCUUUCUCUGAUCAAGCACUUGCAGGGCUGAGCUCUCCAAUGUUUGACAUUGAGUCAGCCAACAUCGCCGAGGGAGAUUCGCGAGCGGGACUGGACGAACAGGGAACGCAGGAGGUGCUGGACAUCAUGCGUGCCCAACGGGUCAAUUUCGACCAAGCAAGAUUGAUUCGCCAUAAUCAAAUCCUCGCUCGUAAUGGGAUCGAUCCAUCAGGCAUGCCCCUUGAUUCAAAGGCCAUUACGAGGCUGUGAUCGAUUUCUCUUUUGACUACUUUCAUAUGUUUCACGUUAUCAGUACUAUCAUCGAGCCGACCGAUAUCACUCCUUCGUCUUCUCCCAUUUGGCACGGACCUUGUUGGAUUUAUAUCAUAUACUCUUGUGUAUUUAGUGCAUGAAAAAUGCUGUGGUUUUCAUGGUUACUGCCCUCGCUUAGGCAGAUAUCCGCAUGUUGAACUUCAGUGGGAAGUCAGGGAUGUCAGUAUUACAGCAAUAUGACGUAUCCCGCAGGC